AUGAAGGUCUUGGCGGCAGGAGUUGUGCCCCUGCUGCUGGUUCUGCACUGGAAACACGGAGCGGGGAGCCCUCUUCCCAUCACCCCUGUCAACGCCACCUGUGCCACACGCCACCCAUGUCACAGCAACCUCAUGAACCAGAUCAAGAACCAGCUGGCGCAGCUCAACAGCAGUGCCAAAGCCCUCUUUAUUCUCUAUUACACGGCCCAGGGGGAGCCGUUCCCCAACAACCUGGACAAGCUGUGCAGCCCCAAUGUGACCGACUUCCCACCCUUCCACGCCAAUGGCACGGAGAGGGCCCGGCUGGUGGAGCUGUACCGCAUCAUCGCAUACCUGGGCGCCUCCCUGGGCAACAUCACGCGGGACCAGAAGGUCCUCAAUCCCAGCGCCCACAGCCUGCACAGCAAGCUGAACGCCACGGCGGACGUCAUGCGGGGCCUCCUCAGCAACGUGCUCUGCCGCCUGUGCAGCAAGUACCACGUGGCCCACGUGGAUGUGGCCUACGGCCCGGACACCUCAGGCAAGGAUGUCUUCCAGAAGAAGAAGCUCGGCUGUCAGCUCCUGGGGAAGUAUAAGCAGGUCAUCGCUGUGGUGGCCCAGGCCUUCUAGAUGGGAGGUCUCACAGCGCACAGUGACCUGAGAUCUUAGACUUAGGUGGCUCUCAAACUGUGGCCAGGGCCCAGAGCAGUGCCAACGCCAAGUGGGGGCUGCUCGCAGACCCCGAGGGGUUCCUGGCCAGUCUACUCCCCUCCAGGGUGGGCUGUGAUGAAGACAAGCAGAGCCAAAACUCCCAGAGGGAGAACCUAUAUAUGGCACCAACUAGAAGAAGGCGCCCCUUCUUCUGGGAGACUGCAGCCAGGCACCCGGUGUCGGGCUGGAUUUCGGCCCCUUCUCGUCCCCUCAGCCAGGGUCUUCGUGAGCAAACCACACAAGUUGCCUCCGGCGACCCUGACCACGGGGCAAGACAGCAGGGGUCGGGGGCAUUGCCUGGCCCCCAGCAGAAUGACGACUAUCAGUGCCUUCGCUGCCCCUUUGGUAGACCUUGAAAGGUCUGGUUGGAACUCAGGCAGCCCAGAGGGGCUGGGAUCCUGAAGGAUCCUUGGCCCCUACAAGUAUGUUGAGUGGAAGGCUAGAAAGGGAGCUCUGGUUUGAGAUGCUACCUUGUCUUGGGUGUGAUUGGAGAGCUCAGGCCUAGGACUGCCAGGUGGAAGGUUCCAGAAGGAGGUCGCUGGCCUUCAGGCUCCUGGGGAGGCAGAGAGGCCACCUUCAGUCCUGGGAAGGAAGAGAGGCCCUUGAAAGUCUCGACGGGCUCUUCCUUGAGCCCGCAGUCUGUCCCGCUGUCCCGGAUGGCUGGGGUCUGGUGGCUGGACCUGGAGGCGGGGUGUGGGGAGGUGGACGGGUUGCAAAGUCAGGUGAGGAGGUUCUGAGGGGACCCAGAGUCUUGUGGGCAAAGGGUCUGUAAGGGAGGGGUGGAUGGAGGAGUUCAGAGUGGCAGCUCACAUCUGAGGCCCACGGAGGCCCCGUGAGGUCACACAAAGGUACUUGAGGGGCACCAGAGGCCAUCGCUGGUCCCUGGAGCAAGGGGACAGCAGAAGUUGAGGUCAGGGUCUCAGGAAGCCUGAGAUCCAAGGGUGCUGUGUGUCUGACCUAGCAUGAUUGUCUAUUUAUUUUGAUGCCCUAUUUAUAUUAACUUAUUGGUGCUUUAAAUAGCAAAGUUAAUUCCCCUUUCCCUGCUCCCUCUCCAACAGAAAUAAUAUGAUGGCUCCUUCUGCAGGAGCCGGGGCCAGGCCUUAGCAGGGCCUGGUCUGGAAGUCGAAGAUGUUACAAGUGGGAUAAGCCUUACGGGUGAGGCUCAGAGAAGGGUCAGGAGCUGAGAGAACUGGUCAGUCUGGGAGGGGAAGGGGGACCCGGCUCCAACCCCUACCCUAACGGUAACUGGCUCUGGGGCUAUCGGGACCCUGGCUGCAAGGCAGGCUGGGCCAGUCUGUGGAGUGGCCAAGGGGCCUUUUCCCAGGGCCACCAUGUUGCUUGGCUCCAAGGGGCCCAUUCAACACUGUGUUGUCUGGCGCCCCCUGGAAUUGUGCUGUUGGAGGCAACAUUCACCAUGGAGAUGGCACCCCUGGAGCAGUGAGCAAGGCAGCCCUGGUGGCCCACCUGCUGCUGUUUCCUUGUCCUCACGCUGCCUCUAGACUAGCAGUCUAGGGGCCCUGGAACAGUCCUGACCAGCACCCAGCAGGGAAGUGCCUUCUAGGGUGGCCUGAACACCCACAGAGGGCGAGAGGACCUGGCUGGACCUCAGGAAGCUGGACGGCCCAGGGAGGAGGCCCCUGCUCUGGAGGGGAGGAUGAGGAGGCCCUGGGAUGCAGACCAGGAAGCUGUGGUCCCUCCUGCCCCACCUCCCCCCACACCCCCACCCAUGUCUGGGCUCCCAGGCAGGGAACCUGAUCCUUUCCUUUGUGCUGGGGCCAGGCUAGUGGAGAAACGCCCUCCAGUCUGGGAGCAGGGGAGGAGGGCCCAGAGCUGGGGCAGCUGCUAAGAGCAGGGUUCUGGCGUCUUCUCAAACCCUGAGCGGGCAGCGAGCCUAGCCGUUCAGCCAGCACGAUUUUGGUGCUUUGCACUCACUUUGCUCCCCUCUGCCUCCUCCGAGCACUUUACCCGUGGCCAUCGGAGGGCAGGUGGGCAAGGCA